AUGAGCCUCUGCUUCUGCCUCACUCUGUUUCUUAUCUGGCUAUGGCCUCUGCAGGAACAUCCGACUCGGCACAGACCCGGCUUUCCUUGUUGCACCAUAGUUGAAGCCAACGAUGCUGAUCAGCAGUUGACAAGGCUGAGGGCAUGCAAUCCAAGUUUGGCUCGGCGACAUAAGAAAGUUGUUUUCCUCACUUUGCUUCCCUUCGACAAGCCUGUGGCGGAAGAAGGGUAUCAAAGGAUCCCAAGCGAGCUCGCAACGUCUGCCCCGGUGCAGGGCAAAGCUAGCUCUCAAGGCUCUCCUCCGCCACCAACCCUUUCACAAUCUUAA